UUUUCCAAGUAUUAACCCCUUCCUGCCUGGCCCAUGUACAUAAACGGCCGGACCGGAGCUGUGCAGGAGCGGGUGGAUGUUUAUAAAUGGCAUCCGCAUCCUGGGAGCGCACGGCAACAUGAUCCGGAGGACACACGGAACACCGAUCGCUGUACGGGACCUCUGUGUGAGGUGUUGAUCAUGUGAUCAAUGAUUGGCCAAUCAGUGAUUACUUCCUGACAUCAUUGCUUACUACGUGUGAAAUCUGUGAAUGAUCACAGAGAUCACAUGGUAGAGGGCAAUUCACAACA